CAGUGAAACAAGCCAGAGAUGAAUUUCAGGGAAAAUCAGAGUUUGAACAGCGUACGUGGAUGUUGAACUAUUUUCAUGGACAUCUCACCAAAUCUGGAGGCGCUCUUAAAAUAUGCCUAUUGGUUGGGGCCAACGAAGUUUGUGCUAAAGCCUGGAUGUUGGUUUACGGGAUUGGUAGGACAACAUUCUACAAAAUUCGGAAACACGCUAUUGAAGGGUACUUACAUUAUUUACCACCAAAUUUUACAAGAAAACUAGUCUAUAGUAAUGCAACCCAGCAAUGUAGAGCUUGGUUUUGUAAGUUCUGUAACGAAUACGGCGAUAAGAUGCCAAUGAACGAUCAGAUUCAUUUACCCUCGACGCUGACGAAGCACGAUGUCUACGAACAUAUGAAAGAUGACUUCGAGUUGGGAAAUGAAGAUGUUUGUGCACUUGUAACUUUCUAUAAAAUGUGGACCUCUGAAUUCAGACACGUUGUAAUACCUGAGGUAAGUCAAACUUCAAAGCCUAUAUUCAUAGUACAGUAUCAUCUUGUAAUGUGAUAAUUGAAAUAUAAGAUUUAAAAUUAGGGAUACAAUGAUUUUUUAUGUUUGCGUUCAUGGGGUUACUAUGAAUUGGGUGUACUGGUAUCCUUGUGAUCCAAAAAUGUAUUGGAGCUUGAUAGAGGAGAGGGUGGUGUGGUGGUUUUGAUAUAUAA